CCGGCCCGGGGCGCCCCCAGCUCGUUGAAGUUCCCGGCGGACCUGGAGGAGCUGCGGGAGCUGGCCGAGCGCCUGCACUACUACCAGCGGGAGCACCGCGGCUAUGUGCUGCUGCUGUUCAGUGCCGCCUACCUCUACAAACAGAGCUUCGCCAUCCCUGGCUCCAGCCUCCUGAACGUCCUUGGUGGGGCACUGUUUGGCCCAUGGAUGGGGCUCGUGUUGUGCUCUUUCCUGACAUCUGUGGGAGCCACCUGCUGUUACCUACUCUCCAGCGCCUUUGGGAAGCAGUUUGUGGUCCACUAUUUCCCUGACAAAGUUUCUGUGCUGCAAAGAAAGGUGGAAGAGAACAGGAGCUGCCUAUUUUUCUUCCUGCUGUUUCUAAGGCUGUUCCCCAUGACCCCCAACUGGUUCCUGAACCUCACAUCGCCAAUCCUCAACAUUCCCAUAUCUCAGUUCUUCUUGUCUGUUCUCAUUGGUCUCAUGCCCUAUAACUUCAUCUGUGUGCAGACUGGCUCCAUCCUCUCCCAGGUCACCUCCCUGGAUGCCAUCUUCUCGUGGGACACACUGCUGAAGCUGCUGGCUACUGCCAUGGUGGCGCUGAUCCCUGGUACCCUCAUUAAGAAGUACAGCCAGGGACACCUCAUGUUGGACAGCAAGGGACAGAGCAUCCACCUGCUUAAUGGCAGAAAGAGCAUGUGAUGGGCUGCAGCUGGCAGCUCUGGGAGCAUCUCAUAGCAUAUCUGUGGGGCAGAUGCAAUCCUCGGCCCCAGCUGUGGGCAUUUUAACCUGCUGUUGGCACAACCUCUCCAGCUGGCAGCACAGGUGGAGGACAAUCAGCAGCUUUUAAAGAUCUCCUUUUAAAUCUCCAAAGGAGACAAAAUGGUCUUGUUUUUAAAUGGUGCUUGUAUGUAGGUGAAUGUACAGGGAGUGGGGAGCUGCCAUGGGGGUUGAGAAAGCUGUGCUCUGCUGCUGAGUGCUGCACUGGCCCCCAAAAGGCUAACUAGCAUGCCUGAUUCGAGUGCUAGUGGUCACUGCUGGCUGCCUGGCAUUCAUGCGCAGGUACCUUUCUGUUGCUAGUGGCUCUGCUGUGCUGGCCGGGGAGCUCAGCAUGUGCAGGGCACAGUGGCAGGCACCCUAGUCAGCUCUCCCACUAUGGCUCUUCACAAAGCUGCCUGGUGUUGUGCCCUUUCCUUGGUCUCUUUCCAGCACUGAGCUGAUGCUAUUGGUUUAAGUGCUGAAGGGGCAGUAGCUCUGCUGGUAUAAUUGCCCCAGGCAGAGGUGAGGCUGGUAAGAAGGGGUUUGCUUUCCCUUGCAAGAUGUAUGCAGUUAGUCAGGGUCUUGGCUUCUGCAGCACUGACCUCAGGAGGGGAACAGUGCCCUCCACAGCUUGCCCAGCCAUGUUUCUUCUCUGAUUCAUGCUGCCCCUGGCCCUACCUCAGCCAGGCACUCUCAAGAUUCCUAAGGCCCAUGUGGCUCUGCAGCUCUCUGUUGGCUGCAUUUCCCACCUCAGAGUGGUGCAGGCAGUUUCAGCACCUGUUUCAGCACUUCCAAACCAAUGGGGACAUUGCCCACUCUGGGGUGGUUUCUGGUCCCAUCAUCACUUAGGAGCUGCCUCUAGUGAUGGCCAACAACUGGUGCCUCCACGCAAGGUGAAGAUGCUGUGUUAUCCCAGGAUGAUACCGCCUGCAUUAGAGAGAAGACAUGGCGUUCUGUGUCCUGUUGCCAGGUUGCCUGGCUCGCCUCAGUUAUAAUUCCUGAGAAGAGGCAGGCCCUGGCCACAUCACAGCCACAGGUAGUGUGUGUUGUGCCUGCUUGUUUGUAAACCCCCUUGCAUGCAGCAGGAGCAGCGUCUCCAGGGCAGUGGUGUCAGCCUUGUUUGUGCUAAGUCAUGUCGCUGUGGAAAUGGUAACUCUGUGGCCACGUUGCAUUGUGCCAGGGCAAGGUGUCCACUUCCUUGCCUCCUUGUCAGUGUCCUGGGCCUUGAGCUUGCACGAAAUCUGGAGAGAGGAGCUUUCUGAAACGGCUGCUACCCCCAAGAGAUGAGGCUCAAGGGAAUGCAGUGCAAGCCUGACUCAACCCAGCAGGGAUUGCCUGUCCUCAAUGGUCUUGAACUAAGUGCCUUGCUAACCAGUCCUGUGUGUUUACAUGGUAGUGGAUGGUUUUCCUAAUAAAUGGUUGUGAAAUUUUC